GUCUGUCUCCUGGUGCCGGAUUGGUGAAAGAAGUCCAACCUAUGGAAAUUCACUCAGCAGAGUUUAAGUGAAAGAUCAACUCCCCACCAGCCCCCCCACCCCCCCUACCCCCCCUCCAAAAAAAAAAGCAGCAGACUGCGAGGUAAAGCCGAAUGGAAGGAGGACAAGGUUUAGUCGCCGCUGCAGCGUGUGCAUCUCACACAUUGUAGCGUGUCUCAUACAUUGUAGCGGGCUGCUGGCGUGUCUCAUACAUUGUAGCGGGCUGCUGGCGUGUCUCAUACAUUGUAGCGGGCUGCAGCGUGUGGCUACACUUGUCCCAUUGUUGCACAUCGGUGGAGAGCGGCGCUCGCAGAUGGAAACAUCGGCGGCGAUCCUUGUGCUGGAAGUUUGGCCGGCGAGCGCCAUGAAUGGAGCUAUGUUACACUGAGGAAUGAAGGAAAACUCCUGCAACCCGCCCCCCGUUGUCCGCAGUCUGAGCCCGGGGACAGCAGCGUGAAGAAAGAAGGCGACAGUCAGGAGACUUUGCUUUAACUUAUUCUUUACUUCCCAUUUUCUAAUUUUCUUCGACUUUUUGUUGUUGUUCGUGAGCCGUGUCGCUCUACUUGCACCGGGAUUUGUGUGUGUGUGUGUUUUUUUUAAUUGGUAGCAAUGGGGGCUGCUCGGUUUGGGACCUUGCUUCUCUUCCUCGCCAACAGGCUGUGCGGUGUUCGCGCCGCCUCGGGGGAGUAUUGUCACGGCUGGUCUGACAGUAACGGCAGCUGGCACGCCGGCUUCCAGUGCCCCGAGAGGUACGACGGCCAGGAGGCCACCUUGUGCUGCGGCUCUUGCGGUCUCAGGUAUUGCUGCUCGCUCCUGGACAACCGCCUGGACCAGGGCGUCUGCGACAACGACAGGGACGUCCACCAGGAGCCGGGAACCCAAGGGAAAUCUGCAUCAGUUCCCAUGUAUUUGCCGUUCCUCGUCGUCGGUUCCAUUUUUGUGGCCUUCGUCAUAGUUGGUUCGUUCAUUGCCAUUUGCUGCUGCAGGUGCUUGAAGCCAAAGCCCGAGGAGACCCAUCAGGAAGCCCCCACCCAGAACCGAUUGCUGGAGCCCAUUCCCCCGACUGGCAUCAGAACCCCUUCACGCCACUCCACCUCCAGCACCACCACCACUUCGACCCGGAGCUCGAUGGGGCGGCAGAACAACAUCUGUUCCAUGGGCACGGAUGCCAUUAACCUCUACAUGAACAUGCCCACCAACUUCCCCAUCGUGGGGUGUCACCAAGCUCAACAGUUCUUGCCUUCCCAAUCCACAGGGAAUCCUUUCCUACCAGCACAAUAUCUCAGCUAUGGGAUCCCUCCAGAUCAUACAUUAGUCAUGGCUUCUGCAUACGUGGAUAGAACAGGGUAUGCACAACAGCCCAACAAUCCUUAUACAACUGGGCCAUUAAAUGCAGACCAGCUGAUGUACCCAACUGUGACUCUGUAAGAUUCAUCUGCGAAAAGGACUUGAGUUUUCACGGAAUCUUUAACAUGUUCUGUGUUGAUAGAAAUUGAAAUAUUUAGUCAAAGCCAAUAAUUUAAAUAGUGUUCCUUCAUUUUAAUCUUACCGCAAUAUGUGAACUUUUAAUGCUGCAUUUUCUGCUCCUCUCACUGGAAUAACUGAAUCGUUACAACGUUAUUUGUUCCAUUGAACAAAGUGCUGGAGGAACUUAGCGGGUCAUAAACACAUGGAACAGCACAGGAACAGGCCCUGUGGCCCAUUGUGUCUACGCCAAACAUGAUGACAUGUUCAACUACUUUCCUCUGUCUGCAUGUGAUCUAUGUCCAUUUUCCAUGCAUGGUCAUGUGCAUAUUUGAUCUGCUUCCAACACCCACUCCUGGCAGUGUGUUCCACAUGUGUGUGUGUGUGUGUGUUAAAAAUAUCCCACACAUCUCCUUUAAACUUCCCCCCUCUCACCUGAAAGCUAUCCCCUCGAAGUGUAACAUUUCCAUCCUGGAAGAAAGGUUCGGAUCGACUACUCUGUGUCUCUCAUAUUUUUAUAUGCUUCUGCCAUGUCUCCCCUUGACCUCUGACACUCGCGUGUAAACAAUGUAGAUUUGUUUCUGAAUGGAACACUUCUUCUGAAGAGGGGUCCUGACCCAAAAUCAAGUCCGUUUCCCUCCGUUGAUGCUGCCUGAACCGCUGAGUUUCUUCAGCACUUUGGGGGGUUUUUGCGCGAGAUUCCAAAAUCUGCAUUCUCCCGUGCCUCCAUGAUUUGUUCCAUCCAUGUCCAUUGCAAUUCAUCUAUUUGGCAAUGCGAGUUGGGAAUAUGAAGCAAAAAAAUCUAUUUUGAUCCUAAUGAUUGUUACUAAUUAGCAAAGUGAGAAACUUCACGUUUUUCAGUGAUUCUCUCAGUUUAUCACGUUGCAGUGAGAAAUUUCCCCGUAAUUGCCUGUGCUAAACAUAUGUUGCCACAAGUAUGUGGUGAAAUUUGGCAGUUUUCGAGUCGAUGGAGCAGCAUUUCAGAAAUGAAGGCCAAUAUCUGGCUGAUGCAUCGGCGGUGUCAGCAAUCGAAGAUUAAUUUUGGUCCCAUCAUUUUACUAUUGACCCGUUAAGUGUGAUCAGUGCAACAUCUCUUGGUUUGAAGAACUUUUGUCAAUCGGCAGUCUUCAUCAUAUUUUAUGAAAGUUGUCUCUUCUGUAAUGCCACAGGAGAGCAUCUAUGGACUUCUCUGACUGACUGCAGGCUGCAAGGCACUAAACUAUAGGAAAAUCCCAAUAUUAGUGAAUGGAGUUGGACUUUGUACAACUGGUAUUGACCGAGCUCUGGCCUACCACUAGAAGACCCGCAUAGGUUUUGCAAAUAUGGGGAAGAUUUGUAAAUACAUAUGUGUAUAUUGUGUGGGGGGUGGGGGGAAAUUAUUUUUCGGGGAAAUUACCCUUAUAUUUUUGCUUUUCAGCAGGAAUGCUUUUAAAUGCUCUUCAGGUUCCUUUGUUGCAAAUACAUUAUACCAUUUUUUUAAAGGACAGUUUUGUUUGUAUAUUUUCUCAGGUUGUAAAUAAAAAGUGACCAAUAGGCA